AUGGACCUUUCCCCGGAAAAAACUGUGUUCAUAGCCGUCACCAGGAAAAAACUCAAGGACUUCAGCUUAACAGUAAGGGGUGAAGCAAUCAAGAGAACAUCCAGCCACAGGUUCUUAGGAAUCGUCCUACACAGAAACCUGUCGUGGACACAAGAGAUUCGAAAACUUCAGCAGAAGACCAAAACCUAUAUCAGCAUUAUGAAGAUUAUGGCCGGUGUAAGGUGGGGCAACACGAGCAUGAUCAUGAAUUUUCAUCAGGCACUGGUACGCCAAUCACUGGCACAUAACAUUCCACACCUACAAAAUAUCACUGCUCAUCAGGAAAGACAACUGGAUGCAAUCCUAGGAAGGAGUCUUAGGAUUUGCCUUGGAGUGCCAAAAACAACCAGAACGUCUCUUGUUCUCGCAGAAGCACGGGAGCCUCCUGCGGUCGUACUUAGGAGCCAAGAGCUAGAAAGACAUCUUGUUCGACUCAUCACACGGCACUCCGAUCACGAGCUCAUCAAAAAAGUGGCAAGUAGGCACAAGAGCAGCGCAGCACGGACCCUAAAGCAACUACUGAGAAGUCUCCCAAAGAAAAGGAUACACACCACGAAGCAAGACCGACCUCCUUGGCUCUUGCACGAGCCUAGAGUACACAUGACCAUUCCAUGCAUCAAUAAGAAGGCUGACACAAACUCAUCAGUGCUCCGAACAUCGGCCCUGACACAUCUAGAAGAAAAGUUUCCAGCCAAGACAAUGAUAUAUACGGAUGGUUCCUGCUCCCAGGGAAAAUCUGCGAGUGCUUUUGUUGUCGAAGACGUCAGGAAAGGAUACCGGCUCUCCCAUGACACAUCAUCGACUAUGGCCGAAUUGCGUGGGAUCUUCAGAGCCCUGUGCCAUAUCAGAAAAUCUACACCAAAAGAAUGGAUCAUCUGCAGCGACUCCUUGUCCCUCCACAUGAUCAGUCUAGGGAGUGACACAUACCUCGUAUACAAAAUUAUUACUACUGUCACCGACAUCAACCAAGCAGGACACAGUGUUGUCUUUCAGUGGGUUCCUUCCCACUGUGGAAUCCAAGGGAACGAGGCUGCGGAUGAAACAGCUAGAGAAGCGCUCGCCAAGAGAACCCUCAGUGGAAUUCCUUUCACAAAAGCUGGCGCCAAAUCAUAUAUCCGACAACGGACAGCACAACGAUCGGUACACCAGCGGAAAAGAAAUCUCAGACUGUCCGACCACCUAUCCCACAUCGGAACUAAAUGGUAUCAUCCCUAG